AUGUCUGAUAACUAAUUAACUGACUUGUUACUAUAUUACGCUUAUGUGGAACAAGAAAUAGAAAUAUUAAGAGAAGUGUUGUGCUCUGAGCCUUAUUUUCAGCCUUAUAACUUAUUCAAAAUUAUUGAUUGCAUGAAAGAUGAACCAAAAGUAAAUAUCAUAAAUAAUUUAGGGCUAUUUAACUGCUCUAGAUUUAUCUUAUUAUUUAAGUGAUAGAAAAUUUUCAUCUAACCUACCAACAAAAGCUUAUAUAGAGAAUUAUAAUUAAAAUUAGGAUAGCAAAUUAGUUUAUUCUGAGUAAUAAAGAAAUACUAUUUAAGAUUUUUGAGAGCUAUCCUGCCUAUUUCUAAUCCAGAUUUAAGAGAGAAGAUAACCUAGUAAACACCAUCAGAAACAAUAAUUAUAAGCGAAAGAACUUAAUAUUUAUUUGCAAAGUUAAUGGAAGCGUAUAAGUUUUAUCAAUUAUUAUAGAGAAAUAAAACUGACUAGACAGGCUGAGAAUUACAAAUAACAGAUAGAUCCUAAUUUUUUUGAUAAAAUUUGUUAUUAGAAUUACAUAUAUCAUCAAGAUCUGCAGAGUUACUUUAAAAAUAAACAUAUAACUACAAAUUCUGUUGAGAUAUAAUAAAUCUUCAAUAGGAUUGAUUUGCUAAAUGAUGGGAAGAUAGAUAGGAAUGAAUGGAAUUUAUGGGUAAGUGCCAGAAAAUCUGUUUUAUCAAUCAAUUCAAAUUCAUGCAAAUAACAACAGAAGUUUAAUAACAUAAGAUAUAGUUCUACAAAACGAAAAUAAUAAGAUUCUACAAUGAGUGACCUCCUUUCUAUCUCCAAAUAAGGUUUCUAUUAAUCUACUAAACCUCCUUUGUCUAAUUUCUCAUACAAUACACCCAAGAAAUAUCAGAAGCAGAAAACUGAUUUAAGAGCCUAAAUGCAUUAUUCUUUAUUACAAAAUAGCAACUCGAAAUAAGAGCUAUCUUAUAAAACAAUACCUCAUAAACCAAUUUCAAGGUUUUAUGAGGAUGACAUUUAAACUUUAAAAAAGUCUUAGUCUGUUGCAAAAUAUGAAGCAUUUGAACCUGUUAAUUAUUAUAUUUAACUCUUUUUGAAUUUGAUUUAGUUGGUAAAAAAGAUUGAACGCCAAAAGGUUUUGUUGAGCUAUCAUGAUGAUUUUUCAUUAUAUUCCUCAUUUCAAAAAUUGGAUAAAGGUUUUAAAGGAAUUUUAAUAAGAAGUGAUUUGAACUCAUUUUGCUAAUACCCAUAAUUGAUAUUGGAUCGUUAUGGAAAGGAUAAUAAGUUGAGGUUUUCAGAAUAUAUCAAGAUGGUUGAACCAAAAGAUCCAUAAGCUGUAGAAAUACUCUUAAAUAAAGAUUAAAAACAGAGGGGAAACAUGCUAACGUAAACAGAAAUAUCUUUGAAAUUGUUAUUCGAAUUGAUGGAGGAAUUUUAAUAAAUGAUAAACUAAACGAAGGAUUAUUAAAGCAAAUAAUAAUUUGACAUAAGCGAAAUCUUUUAUAUGUUGGCUUAUGAUAGACAAUAUAUAACGAAUUAAGACGUAAGACUAUUAACUUAGAUAGAUUACUGAUUUCUUGCAGGCAAAUCAAUUUUCAACUGCUCCUCAAGAUGUUGAUUUAUUGAUCUAUGAAUUAGAUUUUGACAGCGAUGGAUAUAUAAGUUAUAGAGAUUUUAUUAAAAUUUUUGGAAAAUGA